CAAAGCUUCCAUGAUCUUGAGCAAUCAAAUCAAUGAUGGAAUUGUAAGAAAGACGAUGGAGAAGCUUUAUUCAGCAGGAAGUUCGCGUCACUGUUUGAACGCCGCCGGGCGGAGAAUGGCCGCAGGCGGCGGCGGCGGUGCGGCAGUUCCGCUCGCGCAUGGAGAAAUUAGGCGACACAAGUUGAAAAGAAAGAGAGAGAGUUGUCUGCGAUUGGCCUCCGAAACCACCAACAAAAAGAAGAGUAAUCCAACGUCAGAGUGAUACAACCGGCGACACGUGGCCGACAUGCAGAUCAAGAAGAACCAACCAACGAUUAAUGGAAGAAGAAUCAGCGGAGUUAGUGGGGGGAAUCAUGAUGAAGGCUGCCAUUGGCGAUCUUUCAAUCUCGAGAAUCACAGGGACCCAGUAAAGUUCCUUUUUCCCCCUCUUCUUAGCUAUAGAGCAUUAAACCCUAGCCCUAACCCCACCUCUGCAAUUUGUUUUUGUUUUUCUCUAUCUCAAUUCUCACUUUAUAAUCUCCAUUCCCUGUUUCAGUUUUGACUUUCAGUGAACUUCAGCUUUAUCUCUUUGGCGUAACCUUUUGUAGAUCAACUUCAACUAUUUACGACUGUUUAUCUGAAAUAAUACUUCAGUGCAUAUCAAUUUCCCUGAUCUUGAUUAUGCAUGAUUCAUUUGGAGAUUUAUGAUUAGAACACCAUUUUGUCUAAAGACUGCCUGCAUUAAUUUUCUCAUUACAUUUUCCUUGUGUAUAUCUUCAAGCGGUUUAUGAUAGUGUUGCUUUAGAUUAUUACUAGGUUGACUAAUCAGGAGAUUCCAAACCCAUGUCCCUCUCCUUGUCCCCAUGCACUCAAUGCCCAAUUUGCCUUUACUUGGCGUGCCUCACCAGUAGAUUUUUAACACCCAUUUUUUUCCAUCAUAAAAUUUGAAUAAAUCAGCUUGUGAUUUCCUAACCCUUUUCACCAUUAAGGCUUUCUCAUCUUCUGCAUCAUAACAUAUGGCGCUGUGUGGUUGAAUCUGAAUCAGCGGAGCUUUUCAGUUGUUUCCUCCGAUCACCUGGGCUUGUUUUGUGUUUCUGCAGCUUUUACUGUGUCCCUUUCUCUGGAAUUGGACCUUUUCAACCUCAUUUUGUAUGCCUCUCUGAAGAGCACAGAUAACUGCAAUAGCAAGCUGUUGUCGGCUGUUCUUUUUUCUUAUACGCCAUCCAGUCAACGUAGUUGAGAAUUGAAUGUACCUUUUUGUAUUUGAAAGGCGCUCCACAGUUAAAUACUGAAGACCCAUGAAAAGAAAAGGCAAUUCCAGAAAUGAAGUUUAUGAAAUUAGGAACGAGGCCUGACUCCUUCUAUACUGAAGCGGCUACCAGGACGGUUCUUUCUGAUGUCCCAGGCAAUAUUGUUAUAUGCAUUGACAACUUUAGUUUUCUUCUCCACAAGUUUCAGCUUCUACCAAAGUGUGGACUCUUGCAACAUCUCUGCCCUGACUUGGGAGAUUCCAACAUUGCCACCAUUGAGCUUCAUGAUGUUCCCGGAGGUGCAGAAGCAUUUGAACUGUGUGCUAAGUUUUGUUAUGGAAUGACCAUUAGUAUCAGUGCCCAUAAUCUCGUGCCCGCAUUAUGUGCUGCUAAGUUCCUCCGCAUGACCGAAGCAGCGGAAAAGGGCAAUCUUGUUCUGAAGCUCGAGUCUUUCCUCCACUCUUGCAUUCUUGUUGGCUGGAAGGAUUCCAUUAUUACCCUACAAAGCACCGUAAAGUUACCCGACUGGUCUGAGAAUCUUGGAAUUGUCAGAAAGUGCAUUGAUUCAAUUGUAGAGAAAAUCCUAACACCACAUUCAAAGGUAUCAUGGUCCUACACUUAUACAAGACCAGGUUACACGAAAAAGAACAACCAAAGUGUCCCAAAAGAUUGGUGGACUGAGGAUUUGUCAGAUCUUGACAUUGAAUUGUUCCGCUGUAUAAUUUUGGCUGUUAGAUCUACAUACAUUCUACCACCACAACUUAUCGGGGAAGCCCUGCACGUCUAUGCCUGUCGUUGGCUACCUGAUUCUGCAAAUGUCAAGCCUUCAGAGACUAAGAUUUCUCAGAGCAAAGAAGAUAUGGAAAAGAGUCGACAAAUUCUCGAGAAAAUAGUCGGCAUGAUUCCUUCAGAUCGGGGAUCAGUUUCAGUUGGCUUCUUGCUCAGACUCCUUAACAUAGCAAACUAUUUAGCAGUGUCAUCAAUGACAAAAACUGAAAUAAUUCGGAGAUCAAGUCUGCAGUUUGAGGAAGCAAGAGUGAGUGACUUACUCUUUCCUUCGCAGUCAACCUCCAAUACACACUUCUACGAUGUUGACUCAGUUGUGGCGGUUUUGGAAUGUCUUCGAGCACUGUGGCGAAGGCAAUACUCUGGGGCUUCUGAAAACAGUCAUUUUUUGAGAUACAUUCAAAAGGUGGGGAAGCUUGUUGAUUCAUAUCUUCGAGUGGUUGUGAUGGAUAUCAAUAUGCCUGUAUCUAAAGUGAUACAACUUGUUGAAGCUCUGCCAGAUAUUGCUCGCCCAAACCACGACGAUCUUUACAAGGCAAUAAACAUGUAUCUCAAGGAACACCCUGAUUUGAGCAAGACAGAUAAAAAGCGACUUUGUCGAAUUCUAGACUGUCAAAAGUUAUCGUCAGAAGUCCGUGCCCAUGCUGUAAAGAACGAGCGAUUGCCAUUGAGAACUGUUGUUCAGGUCCUGUUCUUUGAUCAAGAGAAAGGAUCAAAGGUUACAAGUUUCACACCCACUGCAAAACAGCUGAUUUCUGUCGAAAAACAGGCGACAAUCACCAGUGACAAUCAUGGUAAGCUAAAACCAGAUAUCGACAGCAGUGUCGAUAAAGAAGUGAGAGAAAGAAAGACCUUCUCUGAAAGCAGUGAGAGAGAUGGGCAUAGAACAAAAAGAGCAGAUGUGAAGCUGCCGCUUGAGAAGGAAAUGAAAGAUGAUAAAUCAGAACUUGAUGUAAAGUCAGUGAAGAGUUGUAGGACCAGAGAGAUAAGCAAGGAUAGCAAGUUCUUAAGCAAGUCAGAUUCUAAAAAAAUGGUAACAAGAGGAAGCAGAUCAGAUCAUGGUGGUGAACAAAGACAAGUUAAAAGAUGAAGGCAGACAAUACACAAAAUGAAGAUCAAACAAGAUCAUUUCUCAUUGCUGCUUGUUUAUUUAUUUUUUAUUCUAGUUUAAUUUCUCUUGUACUGUUCUAGAACUAAGGCUCAAAAAUAUGUUUCCAUAGCGCUCUAAUAUAGGCAACUCUUUCAAUUGUGGGCAAUUACAAAAUUUCUAUCUAUCAAACAGUAAUAAUAUUCCAUUUCUUGUGUGAAACAGUACAUAGAGUUGAAUUACAAUUCUGUCAAAA